AUGUCAACAUCACAACUGUGUUUACUGGGUGGUACACCAGUAGGUACAGCAGGGUUUAUUAUGGUAAAUGUACAAUUCACCAAUAAUUCAAAGCGUUUGAAGUUAUAUGUCGUACCAGAAGGAGGACCAUGUUUGGUAGGGCGAAAUUGGAUGCAAAAUUUGGGAAUUAAUGUAAUAGAUAAUGAGGUUAGAGUGAAUAAGGUGACUGAAAAUAUGAAGUUAGAAAAGCUAAUCGAGGAAUAUGGUGAUAUUUUUGAUAACAAGUUGGGUCUGUUAAAAAAUUUCAAGGCAAAUUUACAUUUGAAAGCUGAGGCUGUUCCAGUUUUUUGUAAAUCGCGAUCAUUGCCAAUUAAUAUUAAGUCUAAGGUAGAAGAUGAAUUAAAUAGGUUGGUAAAUGAAAAUAUUUUAACUCCAGUUGAGUAUAGUCAAUGGGCAAGUCCUAUAGUACCAGUACUUAAGAAAAAUGGGGAUAUUCGUAUUUGUGGAGAUUUUAAAGUGGCUGUAAAUAGGAAUUUGAACACGGAACGUUAUCACAUACCAAAAGUUGACAAUUUAUUAGCUCAUUUGGGCGAAGGUACUCACUUUAGUAAAAUAGAUUUAUCCCAAGCAUAUGCACAAAUUGAAUUAGAUAGUGAAUCGCGAGAGUUAGUUACAAUUAAUACUCAUAAAGGAUUAUUCAGUUAUAAUAGACUUCCGUACGUUAUAUCCUCAAGCCCAGCAAUUUUUCAAAGAAUAAUUGAUUCUCUGUGUUACAAGUUAAAAGGAGUUAUCGCGUUCAUGGAUGACAUUUUAGUGACAGGAGCAACCGAAAAGGAACAUUUAGAGAAUUUGAAGUUGUUAUUUAAUAAAAUUCAAGAGUCGGGUUUGAAAAUUAAUUUGUCAAAGUGUAGCUUCUUUCAAAAAUCUGUUUCAUACUUAGGGUACACAAUUGAUGCUGAGGGACUACAUCCGUCUAAUGAUAAGGUAAAAGCUUUAACACAGAUGAAGCAGCCUACAAACAAAGUAGAGCUACAAUCAUUUCUUGGGUUUGUAAACUUUUAUGGUAAGUUUAUUCCAAAUUUAAGUAGUAGGGCGAAUCCUUUAUAUAAACUUUUACGAAAAAACAGUAGAUGGCAUUGGAACAAACAGUGUCAGAAAUCUUUUGAGUGGAUAAAAGGGGAAAUUAAGUCAGCAAAAGUACUAAUGCACUAUAAUCAGAAACUGCCUUUAGGUUUAGCAUGUGACGCUAGUUCCACAGGGGUUGGAGCUUGUAUUUUUCACAUUUUUGAGAAUGGGGAUAGAAGACCUAUAGCAUUUGCUUCAAGAUCGUUAAAUAGCGCUGAAAAGAAUUACUCGCAGAUAGAUAAAGAAGCGCUGGCAAUAAUUUUUGGAGUUAAAAGAUUUAACGAUUAUUUAUUUGGACGUAAGUUUUUUCUUUAUAGUGACCACAAACCGUUAUUAGCGAUUUUCGGUGAAAAUAAGCAAAUACCUCAAUUAACGGCUAGUCGUUUGCAACGAUGGGCCAUUAUUUUAGCAAGUUUUAACUAUGAACUUAAAUAUGUCAAAUCGAAACAUAAUUAUGCGGACGCGCUUUCACGUUUAUCUUUACAGGAGACUCCAUGCGAGAAUACAGAUUUUGGACAUAUCUUACAUGUGACGGAAACGUUAGCGAUUGAUCAUAAGUUGCUUGCAAAAGAAACUCAAAGAGAUCCAAUGUUAAGAGAAGUUUUUAGGUAUUGCGUGGAUGGCUGGCCGUUGAAUAUACCUAUCGAGCUGAAGCCAUAUUUUAACAGAAAAGACCAGUUGCACAUAGAGCAUGGUUGUAUUAUUUGGGGUUUAAGGGUUAUUGUUCCGAAAAAUCUACAAGCAAAGAUUUUGGAAGAGAUUCAUUCUAGUCAUCUAGGCCCAAUUUAUGGUCAGAAAUAUUUAGUGGUAAUUGAUUCACAUUCAAAGUGGUUGGAAGUUAAAACGAUGAAUAAUUCAAAUGCUUCGGCGGUUAUUAAUUAUUUGACAUACUUAUUUUCAAUUUUUGGACUUCCAGAUACCGUAGUCUCAGAUAAUGGGCAACCGUUUAGUUCAAACGAAUUUUCGAAAUUUCUUCAGAAUAAUGGAAUAAUACAAUUAUUUAGUCCACCUUAUCAUCCAGCAAGUAAUGGUGCUGCCGAAAGUAGUGUCAAGACAGUAAAACGUAGAAUUAUUAAAGCUCAUUUAGAAAAAGAAAAUAUUGGACAAGCUUUAUUACACUUUUUGUUUAGUUAUAGAAACGUUCCUCAUUCGACAACAGGUGUGAGUCCAGCAGAAAUAAUGUUUGGUAGACAUUUAAAAUCACGUUUGUCACUACUGAGGCCUUCUCAAGUAAAUAUUAAUAAUAGACAGACUCAAAGGCAAAUAGACAAUUAUAAAGGGGUGAACAGAACUUUCGAAAUUGGCGACAAGGUUUUAGUCAAAGAUUAUGCUGUACCUGCCAAACCUACUUGGUCGCCAGGAAUAAUAAGACAAAAAUCUGGUAAUGUCAUCUGUGAAGUGGAAGUUGAACAAGGUAAAAUAGUUAAAAGACAUUCAAACCAAAUCAGACUACAGGGUUCUUGCUCAACGUCCACUGAUCCAUGUAACGAACAACAAAAUGUUAAAAAUUCAGUAGUUACAGCUACUAAUAGGGACAUCACUGUACCAAUUUCAUCUGUAGCUAGGGGAAAUGAUGAUGUAAAUAUUAUACCUAACCAAGACAAUAUUAUACCUAACCAAGACAAUGUUAUACCUAACCAAGACAAUGUUAUAGCUAAUCAGGAUGUUAAUGUAUCGCCAAACUCAGUUGUUAGGCAUAGAUAUUUUUUAAGAAAUAGAGUUAAUGUAUAUUUGGUCUGGUUCGGAGUGCGAGGAAAUCGGGUGAACGCUCAAAUAAUUGCUCAAAAAUUUCACCAUGGACACGUUUGUCACUUCUGGCACGUAUUGGAUAUAGAUAAUACCGAAUACGGUACAGGAAAAUUGUACCUAGGGUAUAAAGUCAAGGAUGAUCCAUAA